CACGGUAUACGAGGAGAUUCUGGCAUCGCGUGCCGGGCGGUCACGUGCGGGAGAGUGACGUCGGAGCAAUGGCCGCCCCCGUCAUGUCGGCGUGGAGGUCGCUGCGUGGGCUGGCAGGGCGGCUCCCUGGCGCGUCCGGAGCGGCGGCGGGGGGCAGGAGGAGGAGCGGCGCGGCCGCAUUCGCCGCCCUCCCGGCUCAGCGACGCCUCGAGACGGCUCAUGGGGGCGGCACGCCGGCAGAGCGGGAGGCCGAGUGGCAGCGCCGCGUGCUGGAGGAGCCGCUCAAGCACCCGGACUUCUUCCGCGUGUCCGAGCUCGUGUCCCUGCGCGACCUCUUCACGGCACGCGUCCACCUGGGCCACAAACGCGGCUGCCGCAACAGGUACAUGACCCCGUACAUCUACGGCUGCCGGCUGGGUCAAGACAUCAUCGACCUGGAUCAGACGCUGGAGCACCUGGUGUCGGCGCUGAACUUCACGGCGCACGUGGCGUACCGUGGCGGCGCCGUGCUGUUCGUGACGAGAGCGCGCCAGCACGCGCACCUCGUGGAGGAGACGGCGCGCGCGUGCGGCGAGUUCGCCCACGCGCGCUACUGGCAGGGGGGCUUGCUCACCAACGCGCCGGUGCAGUACGGCGUGGGUGUGCGUCUGCCGGACCUGCUGGUGUUCCUGGGCACGCAGAACAACGCGUUUGAGCAGCACGUGGCCGUGCGCGACGCCGCCAAGCUAAGCGUGCCGACCGUCGGCAUCGUCGACUCCAACUGCGACCCGAGCAUCGUCACCUUCCCCGUGCCGGGCAACGACGACUCGCCCAGCGCCGUGCGCCUCUACUGCGGCCUCUUCCGCGCCACCAUCACGCGCGCCAAGGAGCGCCGGCGCCACCUCGAGACGCUGCACCAGGCCGCCAGCGCCGCCACCGCCAUCGCCGCCAGCACCGCCACCGGGAGUUAAUGGUCGAGUCGGCCACCGGCAAAAGCAGGCGCUGCUCUUGGUGAAAUGGAACUCUCGUUCAUUAAUCGCCGCCGACCGUCGCCAGCGCUGGUGGCAACAUCGGCGCUACCACCGCCACUGGAAGUUCAUGGCUGUGGCUGCACCAGCGAGGCGUAGAUGGCUUUUACCGGCAAUUUUGGAUCUCCGCAUCACCGCCACCACCAUCACUACUAUCACCGUCACUACUAUCACCGCCACCACCACCAUCACCGCCACCAUGGCCUGUGCACAAGCGCCGCCACCAGAGCCAGCUAAUGAAGGGUCGAGCCUGCACUCGCAGUGUUGCAGCUUCAUGUUGUCGUUGUAGCACCAGCCCCGUGAGCCACAGCGUGGCGGUGGGGGGGGAGGGUCGUUUGCGCAGCCAUGCGGGCGUUCCAGAGUAGCCCCAAACUCCCGUUUGUCCAUCGUUUCGCGUUUAGUUUUUCUACUUUCCUCAAAAUUAUUUGAAUAAAGGAAACUGGACGCCACCAACGUCCGUCGCCCCACGCGCUUCAUCAGUGUUGGUCACGCAACCCGGGGAGGCACCGCAUACAUGGUGGGGGGGGGGGGGGGUUGGGGAAACCACGCAGACGCAUGGACUCGGCCGUCGCGAGGUUAUCCCUGAGCAUGGAUCUCCCCGAGCGUGGUACGCCCCGAGCGUGGUACGCCCCGAGCGUGGUACGCCCCGAGCGUGGUACGCCCCCAGCGUGUCCCCAGAAUCAGGCUGGGACAAGCGGGCGCUGUGUAGCAGCGGAGGAGAGACGGCUUGAACGCAAGGGUCAGGACCACUUCACUCUAAACAGUUUAUCCCACCGACAGCGCAACGCAACGUGGAACCACGCUCAUUUAUUUCUCGCUACUCAAACAGACGGGCUAUGUACAGAAUAUACACACAGUGGAGACGCCCAUGUGCACCGUGUACAUAUACAGUCGAUUACACCGCUCCCAUCCACGCAUCGCACGCGCAAGGAAGAAGUUAGCGGUGCCGCUCCCCUGGUCUCCUCCGUGCAAUCGGCUUUCCUCCCACGUGUUGCCGCGCUCACGAGUGGAGGUGGUCAAACAUCCCGACGCAGGACCACAACUCUUGGGAACUUUAAACAGGCAGCAGUGGUUGGUUCCGUGGCCGCCCCCCCCCCCCCCCUUCGUCUGCGGUUUUACACGCGCGGCGAAGCAAAUUCUACAGAAAUCCGAAAUGCGAUUUACAUGAAUGACGCCAUACAAAAAUAUUAUAACAAUUCAGUUCCUCACAAACUUCCCGCUAACGAUUCCAUGACUUUCCAGGAUUUGAUUCAACAAUCGAUUCGGUCUCGUUUUUACCGUCUCGUUUGUAUUGUUUCUGGUAUUUUUGUCCAAUUUGUUUUGCACCCUAUUGGCCUACAUUUAAUAGCGUGUCACCUACACGUGUGUCCGAGCACUAUGAUUGGCUAAUCAGCGACGACGACUACCCCAUCUCAGCCAAUCACAGCUAUGUGGCUCCCCCUCCCCUUUCCUGUAUUUAAACACAAAUAAAUAGCGGUCAAAGACACAUUGGUGCGAGUCAGAACACACAUGCCCACACGCACUAACACACAACACGCCCACACGCACUAACACGCACUAACACACCCACACGCACUAACACACACGCCCACACGCACUAACACACCCACACGCACUAACACACCCACACGCACUAACACACACGCCCACACACUAACACGCCCACAAGCACCAACACACACGCCCACACGCACUAACACAUGCCCACAUGCACUAACACACGCCCGCACGCACUAACACACGCCCACAAACGCCCACACGCACUAACACACACACCCACACGCACUAACACGCCCACACGCACUAACACACGCCCACACACAUUUCAAAAUAGAAUUUAUUUUAACUAUUAAAAAAAUCACGUGUCUCGUGUGCUAUGUGUGUGUAUGCCUGUCCGUGUGUAUCGGUGUGCCGACUGUUAAGUGGUGUACUUUGUCCAUGUGUGCAUUCCUGUGUCUGUGCUUGUUCUGUCUGCCUGUGUCUGUGUUUGUUCUGUCUGCGUGUGUGUGUUUGUUCUGUCUGCAUGUGUGUGUGUCUGUGUGUGUUUGUUCUGUCUACAUGUGUCUGUGUGUGUGUCUGUGUGUCUCUCUGUGUGUGUUUGUCUGUGUGUGUCUCUGUGUGUGUGUCUGUGUGAGUGUGUCUGUGUGAGUGUGUGUCUGUGAGUGUGUGUCUGUGUGUGUCUCUGUGUUUGUUCUGUCUGCCUGUCUCUGUGUGUUUAUCCGUGUCUAUGGGAAGCGUGGGCAGAGUGGUUGGCGCUUUGCGCCAUAAA